AAAUACAGUCACUUCUGGCUGAAGAAAAACAAUCAUGGCGACUAAAAGACUGUCAAACUCUUCCAUUAGGUUGUCGACAAACCAAGGGGUGAAGUCAGAUUGGUUUUCUCCGUUGUGUAUAUACAGCCUAUGGUGACUGAUUAGGAGGAAAUAUCCCCUGUUUGUUCUGCUGUAUGAGAACACAGAGAAAUGCUCUCUGGUGUUUUAUCUCUCCUGUUUAUGAUUGAUCUGAGCUCUUCUGUUUUCACGGUUCAUUGGAAACAAACUGUACUCUACCUGUACUGAAGCCUGAUCACAGGUAUUAGUGAGAUACAUGAUGAACUUUAUGUUAUAUAGUAACACACUGAUACACCUGUUUGCCUGAACCUCACCCUCUUUCCAUCUCUGUAGAUAUUGCUGCUUGCUCCACCUUCCUUUUGCUGGACACGUAUGAGCUCUCCUUCACUGGCUACAGGAUCUGCCAGAGAGUAACAACACAUUCCCCCGAACAAAGACCACUAUUAGUCAGGACAAACAGACACUCACCACUCCUUACAGAAACAGGCCCUGGAAUCCAUCUGUUUACACCUGCUGGAUCUGGACUCAGUGUGGACCUGGUUUUUCGUGGACCUGGUUUGGAUAAGAAAUUCAGCGCCCAAGGAUCCGGACUCUCCUGGCCUCAAUCUGACGUUGCAAUGCAAGCUUCAAAAGGCAGAUUUGUGACUGUGAUCCUGCUGACGGCUCUGCUGCUGCUGGGGACGCUGUAUGUCUACUUUGGCCCGCCACUAAGAAAUGAGGUCGUCAUAAGUAAUCAUGAGUUCCACCUGGUGUCUUCUGACCAACAACGCUGGGGUGAAAGAAUCAAGAAGCUUUGGGACUACAAUCAUCUGAGGUACCCACAGCCCAGCAUUGUAAAAGGUCGUACUGAUGUGGUGACUCUGACGCCCUGGUUGGCUCCUGUGGUCUGGGAGGGAACCUUUAACCCGGAUCUUCUCGACAGCAUCUACCAGCAACAGGACAUUAGCGUAGCAGCCACAGUGUUUGCUGUUGGGAAGUACAUCAUGUUCCUGAAGAACUUCCUGGAGACAGCAGAGGAGUACUUCUUCGUUGGUUUCAAGGUGCACAUUUACGUAUUCACUGACCGCCCAGACGAAGUCCCCCAAGUCAAGAUGGCCCCCGGCAGACAGCUGACAGUGCUCCCGGUGCCCAGCUCCAACCGCUGGCAAGAGAUCUCGGCUCGCAGGAUGGAACUCAUUCAGAAGCUAAUCGAGGAGAAGCUACAGGGCCACGGGAACUACAUCUUCUGCCUCGAUGUGGACUCCAAGUUCCAAGGCCGCUGGGGAACCGAGUCGCUCGGUGGACUGGUGGCUGUAAUACACCCAGGUUACUACUGGGAUCCUCGCAGCAACUUCCCAUAUGAGCGGAGACCUCAAUCCAGAGCCUAUGUGGCAGAAGAGGAGGGGGACUUCUACUACUGUGGUGGGGCGUUCGGAGGCAGCCUGGGGGAAGUCCACCUACUCGCCAAAACCUGCCGUUCAAACUUCGAGGCUGAUGCCAAGGAAGGCAUUGAGGCUGCUUGGCAGGAAGAGAGUCACCUGAACAGGUACAUGUGGAUCAAUAAGCCCAGUAAGGUUCUGUCACCUGAAUACCUUUGGCAGGACUUCAAAUCCAGAAACGCUGAGAUCCACAUCAUCAGGUUUUCUGGCGUCGUCAAGAACUACGCGGAAAUCCGACCCAACGCCUGAAAGUCCCGACUCAACCAGACACGACCUGAAUAGACCAGUCUGGAUUGGAUUGGUCUGGACUUGACUUAAAGCACUUACUACCUUACUAAGGAACCAAAGUCAUGGUUUUAAAUGAUUUUGAAGGAUUCUGCAUACCUCCUAUAACGGGUUCAUGGCUGCCUGUCACACACAAAGCAAACCAACAAUCCAUCCUCUAACUAACUUCUAGUUACAUGAUUCCAAGCAGCUCUUUUAUUUGACCUUAAUAUAGCCAGGUGAGUCCCACGGAGAUCACAGGUCUCUUUUCUCAGGGAGACCUGGGGGAUGUACCAUGAAGUGAGAUUAGAGGGUAAACCGGGUCUGGUGAGACUGAAGUCACAGUUUUCCGUAUUAUGGAGCUGGCUCCCUUUCAACCUGGUUAGAUCACCAUGGUAACUUACUCCAAACUCAAACAUUGGUCUAGGGACUAGGUUAGGUUCAGAAUAAUUAAGUUUAUAGUUUUAGUAAUUAUAUGCUGUAAAUCAUCUCCACUGACAGUGAAGGAAAUAUGUUGAUGGAAACAUUUGGAAUCGUAUUCUUACGUUAGUAAUGCCACAGAAUGAAGCUUUGCAUUUUUGACUAGACCAGACUAGAAACCCUCUAAACAACUCAAGUCCAUUUACCAUUUACAUCAGUAAUAAGUGGGAGGUUCCGACAGUUUAUCAGAUUAUUGAAUAAGAUAAUUAAUUAAUUUAUGAAUUAACACAAAUUCUCUGCAGCAUCCCACGUCGCCCGUGCAUCAGCAGUUUUUCUUACUGCAAUAACUUUUAUACGUAAUCUCAUCUCUUUUCUUUUUUCAGACAGUCAGUGAUUGUUUUUAAGUGAAGUGUUGACACCACUGAGCAACGCCUCCUGUUCUAACACUGUCAUGAUCUGUCCUCUUCCAGACCACCUUUAUAUCUCUUGUUACUUGUUACAACACCUCAAAUGAGCAUGUGCACAUCUUCAUUCACUCUAAAACCUCAGGCUGGUUAACACCAGAUAAGUUACAAUCUUUGUCAUCUCCUUUGUUACGGUUUAGCGGUUUGCAUCAGCUGAGCCAACACUUAUCUUUUCUUAGGGCUUUUGAGGAUCUUAUCA